UGGAGGUCCCUGCUGCUUGUCGGAGGCAGAUUGUCCCUCGACAGAAAGGUCCGGACUGGGCGUGUGAACUCCAGCCGCUUAGACUCCAGGGGGCGCUGUGGAGAAGCGUAUGUCCUCCCAGGGAGGUCGAGGACCUCCCUUCUCCGAAGCACUAGCACUAGGAGGAGGCGGGACAAAUAAACCUACCCCUCUUUUGGAGAGCUCUCCGAAGUCCUUCUCGGAAACUCCCGUUACCCUCCCGGGCGCAAAAAGCCCUCCUGCUUUCGCUCCCAGUGCUAUUCCCACCACGCGUUCUGCCCUCCACGGGGCCCCGCCACCCCUGGCCUCACACCACAUCUCUCCCGAGGCUUGAAGCCUGGCGUGGAGGGGACCCCCCCUCCCUUCAACCUUCUCACCAACCGCUCUCCCCGCCCCCACUCCCCUCUCCCUGGGGAUGUCCAGUCCUGUUCUGAGCCUGCCCCUACCCCGGCCCUUUUUCCGGUGCUGUGUGCCAGCCGGUCCCGCAUCCCACAUCCCCAGCUGUUGACAUUUCGUUGCCCUUGCCCACAGGAUAAAGAAAGGGCCCCUGUUAUUCAACAAUAGGGGGAAAGACAGAGACAAUGGGAACUUGUGCUUCCGAUGGGGUGGGGACGGAGCGGGAAAGAACAGACAGACGGACAGACAGGGGGCUGGACAGAAGGGGUCAGGUUUCUUGAAGCAGCUGGAGGUCCUGGAAGUCUGGGUCCCACCCUGAGAGCCUCCUCCCACAGGCAAUGCGCACCCAGGCUCCGGAGGACAGAGGCAGUCUGCUCCUUCUCUGGCCCUCGAGCAUCAGGAAGAAACGAGGCACCACCUCCUCCACGUUCUUCCAGGGGCCCAGGCAGCGCCUUCACUGGAACCUCUUCCUGGAGCAGGACAAGACGCCGCCAGUCCCUGUCGCUCCCGUCCCUGUGAAGAGAGCGGCUUCUAACAGACGGCGCUGGGCUGACUCUCCAUCAUGCCAGGCCUGCUUAGUCUCCCAACAUUCUGCCACUUCCUUCUCCCCUGGGCCCUCGCCAUCUUCCACAAAGCGCUGGGGGACCUAGCACCCCACCCCGGCCCCCACUACCUCCUGCCCCCCAUCCACGAGGUCAUUCACUCUCGUCGUGGGGCCACGGCCACGCUGCCUUGCGUCCUGGGCGCCCCGCCUCCCAGCUACAAGGUCCGCUGGAGCAAAGUGGAGCCCGGGGAGCUCCGGGAAACGCUGAUCCUCAUCACCAACGGCCUGCACGCCCGGGGCUACGGGCCCCUGGGGGGGCGCGCCAGGAUGCGGAGGGGGCAUCGGCUGGACGCCUCCCUGGUCAUCGCGGACGUGCGCCUGGAGGACGAGGGCAGGUACCGCUGUGAACUCAUCAACGGCAUCGAGGACGAGAGCGUGGCGCUGACCCUGCGCCUGGAGGGUGUGGUGUUCCCGUACCAGCCCAGCCGGGGCCGGUACCAGUUCAAUUACUACGAGGCGAAACAGGCGUGCGAGGAGCAGGACGGGCGUCUGGCCACCUACGCCCAGCUGUACCAGGCGUGGACCGAGGGCCUGGACUGGUGCAACGCGGGCUGGCUGCUCGAGGGCUCCGUGCGCUACCCCGUGCUCACCGCGCGCGCCCCGUGCGGUGGCCCGGGGCGGCCCGGGAUCCGCAGCUACGGGCCCCGCGACCGGAAGCGCGACCGCUACGACGCCUUCUGCUUCACUUCGGUGACUGCAGGCCACGUGUUCUUCGUGCCCGGGCGGCUGACGCUGUCUGAAGCGCACGCGGCGUGCCGGCGGCGCGGGGCCACGGUGGCCAAGGUCGGGCACCUCUACGCCGCCUGGAAGUUCUCGGGGCUGGACCAGUGCGACGGCGGCUGGCUGGCGGACGGCAGCGUGCGCUUCCCCAUCACUUCGCCGCGGCCGCGCUGCGGGGGCCUCCCCGACCCCGGCGUGCGCAGCUUCGGCUUCCCGCGGGCGCAGCAGGCGGCCUUCGGGACGUACUGCUACUCGGAGUAGGGCCGCCGCGGCCCCCGUCCCGCAGCCUGCCACGGUCGGGGUCCCAGGGUCCCGGCCGGGCGGGGGAGGGGAGGUGGCGUCGCCCUGCGAGAGGGGGGAAACCACCCCCCCGGACGCUCGCACCCGGACCGGCGGCCGUUCGCGCGCUCCCGCGGUCGCUGCUGGGGGAGGGCGAGCGCCCGGGGCAUUAACCCACUUCUGUCCACAGCAGUUAAGUAACUUGAGGACUUUGUGUGUCGAGGCGGGCCGGGGGUGGGGGUGGGCACGGGGUGGCCUUGGGCCCAUCCGGCCGACCACGCUCCCGGGGAGACAGUCAGAGGUGGGGCCCCUGCCGCUGGGAGCGAGCCUGCCGGACGGCGGGGGUCGCGAGGAGGGGGCCCCAAAGGUCGAGGGGGACUGCGGGCACCGCGGGCGGCAGAACCCGGGGACGACGCGGGAGAACGCGGGGUGCUGUUGCGCCGGGCGCCACUCGGGGGCGCCACGCACCCACCGGAGACUGUGGUUCAGACAGUCCAAACCCGCAGGCCUGCCCGCUGGGCACCACGGAACGAGCAAAGAUGAGCCUACACAUAUUUCACAAUGUGUUUGUAUCCUGCCAGUCUCCUACCCUGUGUAGGAAACUCGUAGCGUUGUUCCGCCGACGGGAAGCUGACCGUGCUCGGGGAGGAGGCGGCCAACACCAGCACCAGCUAAGGCCACCAGCCACAUGCCGGGCUGAGCCUUAAGGGGACUGUGUGUCCGGCAGCCGCGAGGCAAAGCGGGGAGCUGGACUGGGAGCAUUCUUAACAUCCGGCUGCAGGAAACAGACCGGGAACUCAAGACACAAGCUCAACUCUCAUUAAUUCGUUUUUCUUUAAUAUGUAUACUAUUUUAAUUAAUUGCCUAAUUCGUUUGUUUAUUCAUUUUACUGUUCAAGCAAUCUAACUGCACCGCAACAAGCUUGGGCUAGUGACUAACCACUGGAGCAAAGGGUAUGAACUUUCUAAUGGUGCUUGAUAUAUAUGUUGUAAAACUGCUUUCCGGGAGGGUUCUUGGCUGUAAUUGUUAAAGGGACGUCAUCUCAUGGGGUUUUAUAUAAAGGACAACAAAUGAUCAAA